AUGGCGGACAGCAACCAUGUGGAAGAGGUGAAGUGCGAAGUUUGUAACAAAAUUAGUGCUAAAUAUCGCUGUCCAGGUUGUUCAAGACGAACAUGCAGGUAAUGCAGUGUACUUGAAGGCUGAUAUUAAUUUGCGAUGUCGUGAUUAAUACCACACUGAGUGUUAUUUCUCGUGUCUUGUUUUUGUCAGCUUAGCAUGUGUCAAAUGCCACAAGAUUCAAUUUCAGUGCUCAGGGAUUCGCAGCAAGACAAAAUUUGUGUCAGUCGACAAUUUCACAGAUAGGAACUUGUUAUCAGGUAAUGGAUCUUCAAUGUGAACGGCUAUUUCAAAAUAUAAACGCUAUAUAUAUAGAUAUAGAAGCAUACUUGUACACCAUGCACGGGUAUAAUUGGGUUUGUGUUUAAAAUUAAGACUACAGGUUCCUGGAGGAUGUGGAUAGGUUGGCUUUUUCGGCAGCACAUGAUGGCCGGAAAAGCUGGAGACGCUGGAGUACACAGGUGGGGCUAACUUCUUUUGACUUAGCCUGAGAUAACAGCUGACAGUUUUGGGACCACUCGUCUGAGCUCUGAGGAACGAGCCCAGAUAUUCCAUGCUGAUGACUUGUUGCUACCCAGAUCUGGGUAGUGCUUCUGAUUGGUUGUAGCAAACUCUGUCACCUCAUGACCAAUCAGAAGCACUACGAUCGAUCUGGGUAGUGACACGUCUGACAUUUCUGUGCUUGUUCCUCAGAUGGGGGGAAACCAGUGGUGGUACAGUCACUAACUGCUUGUUGUUUUCUCAGGCUACUUUACUUACAGCUGUAUCAUGUACUUAACAAAGUGAGAGUAGGGUAGGGAUCAGAACACUUCAUGAGAGCAGCAUGAAUGAAAUGGCUUGCCAUUAAUAGAAAGACUGUAAAAUUCCAAAAGACCCUUGAAAAGCUAUUCAAGCAGCCCUGAUAAUCUCCUACCGAUGACAGCUGGGCAGCAAUGUCUUAGGGUUAAAUUAGCCUAUACUAUUUCAUUUAGCUUCAUUUUAAGUCAUCAACAAAGAUGAGUGUGAAUAAAGGUGCAGUAAGGGCUGUAGUAUCCAGGAACUGCAGCUGAGUGCAAUGUGUAACCAUGACAACCCUUUGAUCUUUGAUCUGAUCGUUCAUGUGUUGAAAAAUUACUCUCUGUAAGUUGAUGAUAUUACUUGUUGUAAACCUCGUACAUGUGAAUUCACAGACAGCCACAUUACCUUAUGUUUUAGCAUUGGGUUAGCUGUUUAUUUUGUUUUCUUCUAUACUUAUUGGUUAAUCCACUGUUCACUAGAUUUCUUUUCUUCGACGAAAAGCUAAACAAAAUGGAGUAGAUUUGAAGUUAAUGCCAGUGGGAAUGUCAAAGAGAAAGGAGAACACAUCAAAGUUCUGUAGAGAGUAAGUCCUCCCGAUCAUCAAUAUACAAGAAACUCAUAUUAGUGGUUGGUCAACCAAUAAUAUGAGUUUGUGGUAAUAUUAACAUAAAUAUAUAGAUUUAACCAAGCAUAAAAGAAAAACUGGUAUAAAAUCACUAAUCACUUGUUACAUGACACUGAAUAUUAAAAAUUAAUCUUACUGUAACCUUCCACAAUAAACUUUAAUGUAAGGGUACUGUUUUGUCCUUUACCAACCUACCAAGCAUCACUCAGGCAAACAACACAGGGCUCAAAAGAUAUCUGAGACUGUUGACUGGCCAAAGAAGUUUUAGCUUGGUCACCUCCCUCUUCUGACCAGUCAAAAUGUUAAAAGUAACGUGAUAAUCACUUGAACAUACCAGCCUAACAAGCAAAAACUUAAUUUAAAAAAAGGAUACUCAUUCUCUUGAAAUGUUAUGUUGUGAAAAUGUUUUCUUUUUCUGGUCGCUUAUUUAGGUGUCUGGACAAAAAGACUGUGAAACUGAAAGUAUGUCCAGGCAAAUGGUCAUCUUGUCAGAUUGUCCAUUGACCAACUGUUAUUAUGGGACCUUAAACAACCACAACAGCAAAGACAAUGACAACGACAUUGUCAAAAAACUAUUGUUUUUAUGAGCAAAACAACAGCUAUGCACGUGCAUCAUGCUUUUGAGUACCUUUCUUUGAAAUCUACUGCUCAACUAGGAUGUGACUUCCGAAUAUGGUGUUUUAUGAAGGAGGUGAACAUGUGUACGACAAGGAAUUUUCUUUUGUCUUUUUUAACCAUGAAACUUCAUGUACAUUCAACAAAUUGAGCAGGUCCAACUAAAUGCGAUUAGGUUGGAAAGGAUGAAAAUUAAUUUUUUAGUGACGUUUUCAUUGUCUUCACCAUUGUUGCUGCUCAAGUUCCCUACAUUGUGUAUUUUGAGCCCUGCAACCACUGCCUGGUUUAUCUCAUUUGCCUGUUGGUAGGUUCUGCUGAGGGGAGACCCAACUUAAGACGCCAACUAGAACACAAUGUUAUCAAUCCUUAGUAUGAUACCAAGUAGCCUCGUUAUAAAUUACCAGUAAAUCGUAAUUCCACCCUUCAGUUUGUUUCAGGUACACUUAGUGUAACAAUAAGACAGUUGGAGUGAAACUAAUUGAUACAACUGUCUGUUCUUUAGAUUGCAAUGUAUAAUGUGGAGAAUUAGAUGGCUGUUCCCCCAGGCUGGUUUUGAAUAUGUUGAUAGAGGGUAAGAAAAAUGUUCCCAAAAGUGAAGGGUAUUGUACUGAAAAUCAUAGUGCAGUCUAUGUUUACUUAAGUGGCAGUCGUAAACUUUCCCGCUUUUAAAAAUACAGGAAUAAAGCUUUAAUAAUUAAAGCUUUAUUCCUGUAUUUUUAAAAGCAUGAAAGUUUACGACUGCCAAUUAUUUACCUUUUAUUACUGUGAUACAAAGUCAUAGCAAAAAACCAUUUCUUGUAAAUUAAUAUUGAACCAUAAUAUGCCUGCCAACUUUUCCUACAUGUAAGUCAAAUCAUGUGAUAAUCGCUGGACUGGAAUCGCUGGACUGGACUGGACUAUUUUGGGUCGAGAUUUAAUUUUAUUUUUCAUAUUGAUAUGGUCAGUGAAGCUUUGGCCUGGAUAUGUGAGUAAUGAAUGUGAAAUUGCCCUUUAUAUAUAGAGCAUGAGAUUGACCUUUUCAAUCUGCAGGUGUGUGACACCCAUAAUGCACGUGAGUUGGCAGGUAUACCAUAAUAGUACAACAGUUGUACAGUUCAUGGUUAUUAGUGGUCUGACAGACAUUGAUGAUUUUGACUGGAGACAACUUAAGAAUAGUCACCAUCUCGUGACCACUGAUGAUGACUGUUACUUCAUUGUUAGUCAUCACCAGUUAUACUGAUAAUGACUGCCAAUGUCACAUUUACUCUCAACUUAUAAAUUUAUUAAUCAUCUUUUUAAUUUAAUGUAUCAUAGGGUUUCAGAACUAACAGUUGUCAAUGAAGUUCUCAGGAAGUACAUUGACCCUGAGAAGGCAGAUGCCGUUCACAAGCAAAGGUAAAACAACAAUGAAAUACUUCAUUGUAUAAAUAAUGUAGUAAACAGUGGUUUUCAGUAAACUGUUGCUUUUUCAAAUUAAAAGGGUAUUAUUUUCACAUACUUCAUUAACAGUAUUCAUUAACUUUUGUCAAGUUACAACUGUCUUUGGGAUCCGUCUGUUCAUAUACCAGCACAGAACAAAACAACUUAUUAUAAGACUUUUAGCCUUUUUGUACAUUUAUGUACUGUAAUUUGUUAUGUACUGAAAGAUCCAUUAUAAUGUUAUUGUGAGUCAUACUAUUUACAGAUUAGAAAAAUUUGAAUUUUUAAUACCAUUUUCCAACAGUUUGAAGAAUUACUGUGCUGUUGGUCCUCAAGGAAUCUGUGUGUUUUUAAAGGUGGAAUCUUUACCUGCUUCUAAACUUAGGUAA